UCUUUGCCUCCAAGUGAGUCGUCUGACACUACAGCUCCCACACCUCCAGCUCUGCCUUGGGUCUCAGACACACAGCCUUGGGUAAGGCCACAGGGCCCAGCUUUUCCUGUUUACCUCAUGCUAAUUUCCCAUGUUUGUACUGAUUAUCUGUGCCUUGUCAAAGACAUGGGAAUAAACAGUAGCUAUUAGCCCUCUUUAGAAUCCUACAGGCUGGGGAAUCCUCCAAGCCCCCUGUGUCCUGGAAACAGAGUCCCACAGGGUCAGGCAGAGAGCACCCAGAGGAAGCAUUCCCUUCCUCAUAGUGGUCCUUCCAGGCAGAGAGAGUCCCAGUUCACACCCCUACAGGAUGGACUAUGGGCCAGCCCUGUCCUUCCCCCUACAUUCCUGACUUGGGACCAUUGAGUGAAGCAAAGGAAACUGGCUGGAGCCAGGCCAGGUUUCUGGUCUUGGACUCCACUCCAUCUUUUAUUCAGAGAAUGAUCUCAUCCUUGGUCCACAUUCUCUAAAGGGAACUGCAGGGGGUUUCUUUUCUGGAGCCUGGAAUGUACUUUUAUCGCCCCCCUCUCCUCCUUAAGAUCAAAGAAAUCGACUUCACCUACAGAUGAUGGCCAGAUUUUAGGUGUCAGAAGAAAUACCACAUCUCCCCCACUUCAUCCUGUAUUUUCAGUUUAGCCUCUGACCUAUCCUGGGUCCUCCUCUUCACCUACAUUUCUUUCUGAUUAGCCUUGUCCUACCCUGGGAUCCCCAGUUACCCCUACAGCUCCCCUCCUCCAGGCCCGGCUUCACUUACCUCUAACUCAUCUGGUCUUAUUUUUAGAUCCGGCAUCUCUCCCUUUCCCUUUCUUAAUAUGGCGAUGAGCUCUUAGGCCCGCAUGGGGCCAGGGGCUGAGGAGCCCUAGACACUGGGGGAGGGGGAAGGAAGGAGUUGCUGGGAGCCUAGGGAAGAGGUGUAGGGCUCUCAUGGAGCUGUCCUGGCCUCAGAAGGUUAUCCAUCUCCCCUGCCAACCACAGAGACAUAUUUAGACAGGACCAGGUGGGGACAGAGGGGUGCCAGCUUCAAGGGGCAGCUCCGGUUCCCUCCCCGCCCCUGCUCCUAUUCCUCGUCCUGACCCUUUUCCACUUGGCUCUGUGGGCAGUUUCUCCAGGACCCAGCAGCGCUCUCUGUCCUCUGUCUAGCCCACUCGCUACCCCACCCCCACCUGGAGCCCCUAACUCAGGACUCUGCAUCCAGGGGGCACGUCCCUAUUUCAGCUAACCUCUGGACCAGGAGAGUACACCCAGAUCCCACUACCUCCAUGAGAGCUGCUGACAGGAUGGGGGCCAGGGCAGUGUCCAAGCUGCGGCUAGUGCUGCUGUUUGUUCUGGUGCUAGGGACACCCAAGUCAGGGGUCCAGGGGGAGGAAGGGCUGGACUUCCCUGAGUACGAUGGUGUGGACCGUGUGAUCAAUGUGAAUGCAAAGAACUACAAGAAUGUGUUCAAGAAGUAUGAGGUACUGGCCCUCCUCUACCACGAGCCCCCCGAGGACGACAAGGCCUCACAAAGACAAUUUGAGAUGGAGGAGCUAAUCCUGGAGUUAGCAGCUCAGGUCCUAGAAGACAAGGGUGUUGGCUUCGGCCUAGUGGACUCUGAGAAGGAUGCAGCUGUGGCCAAGAAACUAGGCCUAACUGAAGAGGACAGUAUUUACGUGUUUAAAGGCGAUGAAGUCAUUGAGUACGAUGGCGAAUUUUCUGCGGACACUCUGGUGGAGUUUAUGCUUGAUGUCCUAGAAGACCCUGUGGAAUUGAUCGAAGGUGAACGAGAGUUACAAGCAUUUGAGAAUAUUGAGGAUGAGAUCAAACUCAUUGGCUACUUCAAGAGCAAAGACUCAGAGCAUUACAAAGCCUUCGAGGAUGCAGCUGAAGAGUUUCACCCCUACAUCCCUUUCUUCGCUACCUUCGACAGCAAGGUGGCGAAGAAACUGACACUGAAGCUGAAUGAGAUCGAUUUCUACGAGGCCUUCAUGGACGAACCUGUGACCAUCCCGGACAAACCCAACAGCGAAGAAGAGAUUGUCAGCUUCGUGGAGGAACACAGGAGAUCGACCCUGAGGAAACUGAAGCCUGAGAGUAUGUAUGAGACUUGGGAGGAUGACCUGGAUGGAAUCCACAUUGUGGCCUUUGCAGAGGAAGCUGAUCCCGAUGGUUACGAGUUCUUAGAGACUCUCAAGGCUGUGGCCCAAGACAACACUGAAAACCCUGACCUUAGUAUCAUCUGGAUUGACCCUGAUGACUUCCCACUGUUGGUCCCGUACUGGGAGAAGACGUUUGACAUCGACUUGUCAGCUCCACAAAUAGGAGUUGUCAAUGUUACAGAUGCGGACAGCAUAUGGAUGGAGAUGGACAAUGAGGAGGACCUGCCUUCCGCUGAAGAGCUGGAGGACUGGCUGGAGGACGUGCUGGAGGGGGAGAUCAACACAGAGGAUGACGACGACGACGACGACGAUGACGACGACGAUGACUAGUUGCUGCGGCAACCACCUACCAGCCCCACUCGCUCUUUAUACGUACCUUCCUACCAUCCACGCACUUCCCUGAGCUCCUUGGGACACUGGGUCACUCUCUACUAUAGGGCCGACGGGGGUCUGUACACAGGGUGCUUGAGGUCCUGGUCUCCCUCACUGGUGAGAAAAGGAGCCCGGUUCUUUCAUCUCUGGUUCUUAUCCUACACCUCAUCCGUAUCUACUGUUUCUCUCCUAUCACUCCCAUACUUGUGACUGUACUGCCAUUUCUUCUCUGUCCCUUCCAGCGACACAGUCUCCCACUUAUCAAAUCUCAAACCUUUCUGACUGUCCUAACCCUGGCCAGGAGGAGGGGAGGUACUGUGUUCAGGGAUGUAUCUCACCCAUCUCGUGUUAAUGUAUUUGGGUCAAAUGCAAGGCCUUAAUAAAGAGAUCUGGGGCAGAAUGA